AAUUCGGCCGACAGAUAGCGCGAAGAACGCGAGGCAGCGUCGCUCGGGAUGAGGCCGCGCUGUCAAACGAAGAAUCAAAUCAGUCGGGGAGUUUGAAUCGAGGAGAUUGUUACGUGCGCCCCUCUUCUUUGGUGAAAAGUUCUUGUCCCGAGCUGCCGAGCGUUGCGCUUAUUACCGUUACGUUCGAUUUCUCUCACCGAGAUCCUGAGGAGAGACAGCAACCUCGUUUGUCCGAGUUCGAUCAGGGCGUGUAAACACCGGCGGAUUAGAUUAUUAAAACCCUUCGUCGCUCUCGCGGAGACUGCUCCGAGUGUUCCGAGUCUAUCCGUUCGCUUUGUACCUGCAAACUAAAUUUGAUUGAAUCGCGUGUGUCGCCGCCUACGCACGCGUGGUAAUCGUACAGUGACCGUACGCACUGUUGUUGUUUUAGUAAAUGCUACAACACUAUUGCAUUGAUAAGAAAAGCGGUCGGUCGUUUCUUCGGUUGUGCUGUUCGUCGAUACGUUCGUCGACGGUGGAUUAUAACAUCUCAGGGGAAUCGGCCUUGGUUGUAGGCUAAAAUAGGAGCCUCCAUCUCACGCUGCGUUUCACAUUCGUUUCUCUCGCUGCGACUACGAGGUUUCGCUUUCCCUCUUCGCAACUUCAGGGUUAGGAUGUCCGUGACUUUGGAUGAUUUUUAAAAAAACUGCGAUGCUGCUGCCGCUGCUGCUGUGGGAUUAUUAAAAACAAACGGAGGCAAUUUAUCUAAUUGCGCGUUUCUUGUUUUUUUUUUUUUUUCUUUAUAAUCUUUCUUUUAUUUUACCAUUUAACAACAAGAGUAUAAAUCCUCAUUUUCAAUUCCGGAUUUAAUACGUCGUAACUAUUUUGCUUACAAUAUAGACGUGACAUAAAGUAGUUCAAAGUAGCCGUAAAAGUAUAAUACAAUCAUCGGUUAUCCGUCGUUUGUGUUAACCUCCUCGUGCCGCGACGAUUGUCUCUUACAAUUGAUUAAAAUUCGAAACUAAAACUUUUUCUUUCCUUCGCUUAAUUUACUUUUUUUUUUAUAUAUAUAUAUAUAUAUAUAUAUAUAUAUUGUUUUUAAAUAUUACCAUUAACCGGUGUGAUCAUCACGCGGGUAUAAAACGUGGCCUCAGAAAUAUUCCGAAAACUGAUGAAUCAGAAAAAAAGAACGUGGCAGUCGAAUCGUAACUUCUAAAAAUUAAAUCGAAACUAAAAAAAAAAAAAAUACGAAGGCAGUUUUUUCACCGUAAAGAAGAUUAAAAAAAAAAAAAAAAAAAGUAAUUGAAGACACAUGUUUAGAUAAUAUAUCGAACCCAUCGGCGAGAUGGUGCUGCAGUUCACUUUUCCCUAUUCGUCUUUUUAUAUCUCCUAUUCCGCUGCUUCUUUCUUCUGAAUAAAGCUUUCAGAUUCGCUCGAAUGAGGGGGCUUGGAUGAGAGAUAAUAACUGCCCAGAAUUGAAAAGUAUAUUUAGAGAAAAAAUUACGUAAACAUAUGUCGUACAGAAUGAAGUUGUUAGUAAGGAUGAUGGUGGGCGGUGUGCCGAGCGGCAAAAUGCGACGGGCCCUGAUGGUCCUCAUCCUGGUUAUGGGGGUCCUUUUCAUAGCGAUGUACGCCCGGACGCCUCCGAUUGUAUCACUUCAGCCUUUCACUGCCAGAAGUCUGAAGCAGUUGCAACAUUUGGUGACUUUCAUGGGCAACAACCAUACUUCCGAAAGUCCGGAAACGAAGCUAUAUGAAUAUUCGGAAAUACAUAGGAACUUCCAGAGUCCUUGGUCCUGGGGCUGCGUCGCGGGUCGCUGCGAAAGAAGAGCUGUACGAUCCUCAAGGACUUCGCUGGCAACUUGCACAGCCCUCUGCGGGGGUAAUGAACGCUUAAUUUGGCCCCGACCUACGGGCGACGUCUUCCUCGGGGAAAAUAGCGUCACAUUCCAUCUUCAACAAAUAUCGCUGGUUACCGUAAACACCAGCGAUCAGGAGGUCAAGAAUCUUUUGGAACACGCCAAGGACGUAUUUUUAGGUAACAUUAGGAGUAUGAUAAAAGUCCAGAAUGCCAAGGCAAGGUCCAGUAUCGAUAGUUUCGUUAUAUAUCUAUCAGCGGGUGACGUUCUGGGCACGAGGCAAACUCUGACCACCGAUGAAUCUUACAACAUCCAAGUCACCCUCAAGGGUAAACUCCUGGAGGCCAAGAUCACCGGGAAAACUUAUUACGGCGUUCGCCACGGCCUCGAGACCCUAAGUCAGAUGAUUUGGUGGGACGAGGCGGCCGGCCGAAACGGAAUACUGAGGGCGAUAUCAUCCGCUUCUAUCCGAGACAAACCGACGUUCGGCUAUCGGGGGCUGCUCAUAGACACGGGUAGACAAUUUUUCGCUAUCGAAGAACUGAAAAGAGUCGUCGACGGGAUGGCCGCCUCCAAGCUCAACACCUUUCACUGGCACUUGUCGGAUUCUCAAAGCUUUCCUUACGACUCUCCACAGUUUCCGGAAAUGGCCAGGUGGGGUGCCUUCAGUGGGGAUCAAGUUUAUUCUCCCGAGGACGUUAAGGACCUCGUGGAUUACGCUAAAGUACGGGGCAUUCGCGUCUUAAUCGAAAUCGACGCACCCGCUCAUGCCGGCGCCGGAUGGCAAUGGGGCGCAGAGAACGGUUUUGGAGAACUGGCGCUUUGCGUUGACCAGCAACCGUGGUCGGCAUACUGCGGUGAACCAAACUGCGGUCAACUUAAUCCGUUCAAUGAACAUUCUUAUAAAAUCCUCGAAGGACUCUACAGAGAACUUUUGGACAUCACCGAACUUCGUGAUAUUAUUCACAUCGGUGGUGACGAAGUGAACUUGGAAUGUUGGGCCCAGUACAAUAACAUUACCAUGGCAAUGCAGGCACAGAAUAUAACAGAUCUUCAUGCCUUAUGGGGUGAUUUCGAAACGAAAGCACUCCACAGAGUAUUCAGAGCCAAUCACAACCACGUUCCGAAAGCUGUCGUUGUGUGGAGUUCGCCUCUUACCAAACGGCCGUACAUCAACACGUACUUCAAUCCCCAGUUACACGUAAUUCAAUCUUGGGGCGGCAGUAACUGGCCGGAAACUCCAGAGCUCCUGGAGGACGGUUUCCGGGUAAUACUUUCGCACGUAGACGCGUGGUAUUUGGAUUGCGGAUUUGGCAGAUGGCGAGAAACGGGGGAAGCGGCUUGCGGCGAAUAUCGAAUCUGGCAAACUGUCUAUAAUCACAGGCCUUGGAAAGAUUAUAGCCAGAAAGAGGUUUCUCUCAUUCUUGGUGGCGAAGCCGCGCUUUGGUCCGAGCAAGUGGGACGAGCGUCAUUAGGGCCCCGAUUAUGGCCGAGGGCCUCAGCUUUUGCGGAAAGAUUAUGGACUGACUCUUUGUCGAACGGUUAUACGAUCGAAGAGAACGUCUACACGAGGCUUGCGGCGCACAGAGAACUCCUUCGCAGUCGAGGACUUCACACUGAGCCAAUGUGGCCGCAGUGGUGCUCGGAAAAUCCUGGUAAAUGCCUUUGACCAGUCUUUGGCAGCAGCGGUAUGAAAGGAGGAGUACUAGUUUAAAAGAACAGGUACAUGGAUCCUUGACAGGGCUUAGUGUAAUGGAUAUCCUCCGCGAUAUAAAUUUUUGAUAAUCUCUGCGGCGGCAUGCGAAUAUUAUAUUCAAUAUUUAUUAUAAACAAAUAGAUAUAUAUAUAUAUGAAGAUAUAUAUACAUAAAUAUAUAUGCACUAAAAUUUUUACAAGAUUUUUGAUUAAGUUAAUUGACUAUGAAAGGUGUACUUUCUCGUCAAGAUAAGUAGCGACGUAAUAUCGACUGUUACAUUUAAUGCCUUUGAAAAUUCAAAGUUAGUCCACAGGGACUCAAAGUUUUGAAUUGAACCUCGUUCAUAUUCAAUAAUAUGUAUAUUAUAUAUUGUAUAAUAGUAGAACUACUAAUAAUGUUAUGACAGAUUUAAAGUAUCUGUCUUAUAAUUGUAUAAUUUGAUAAAAACACAGAAUAAUAUUGCUGCUCGAGGGUAAUGAACACGAAAGAGAUUGAAAAAAUAAUAACAAAAAACACUUACAUACAUACAUGACAGGCAGCAAUAUGUUUAUUGACACGACCUAUGCUUUUCAUAUUAUUGUGUUCCCGCCCCUUUCUCAUGCAAACUUUGCAGUACCUGAUGUAAUGCUGCAUCUUGCUUUUAAUUAUUUACUGUCAGAUCGUCCAAUAUUUCAUAUAUUAUCUAAUGUACGUCAUGAUUUUUUUUCCUGAAAAAUACUUCUUCAUUUAAUGCUUGUGAAAAAGUGAUAUCCUCAGAGAACUUAACCACUCCCUAGUUUUUGAUCAUAUAACUCAUAUCGAAAUUAUGGUAACGAGUUGAUACGUACCUGAGUAUCCUGUACAAUGUAAAACUCAUACCAUCCGAGCUCCUACUGCUUAACCUCCCUUGAUGUACACAUCAAAACAUCAAAAUCUAUAACAAGCAAAAAACUUCUUUCUCUGCUAUAUCGCUCGCUUUACCAACAGGUAUUUCACUUGAUUUGGUUUAUUCGUAGACGAUACACGGAGUAAUGAUUGUAAUCGAAGGCAUUUAGUGGUAUUCGAGCAUCAAGUGUCUUAUUUCUUGAUCACUCGAGAUAUGAGGUAGAAUUGAAAAAUAGUGUACUGAGCAUUUGUCACCCUGGAUAUGAAGUGAGACUGAGACGAAGGGAGAACGGAUUUUCAUGACAUGAGCUUUCUGUGAUGAUAAAGAUAAAAAUUUACCAACAUCUUUUUUGAGCAGUAAAAACUUUGCAAUACUGUUGAAUGAAUCGGAACAACGGGAUAGUAAUACUCUGACAUUAUGGCGAAGCCUUAAUAUUGAUAAUCGUAAAUGUACAGUAUACACAGAAAUUUAUUAUAUAAAAAUGUCGAAACCUCCAUUUCACUAGAUAGGUAAAUCGACAUUCUUAUAUGUUAUAGAUAAAGUUGACUUCUCAUCUGCAAGUGCUUACAAAUACAUGCUCGUAGAGUGUUAGGAAUAUUUAGGCCCUGUACUUGUGCUAUUUGUUUAGGUAAACAUUCACCUAAUUCCCUCAUAAUAUUGCAUAUUUCUGAAGUUACGAUUGCUAUGAGUAUUGGUAUGUGUAUGUCAGCUACAUUUAUAUCGAACAUUCCAUAAUAAAUUAAUAGUUAUAAUAAUUUGACAACUCGCAUUAAAAAUUAUAUUCAGAGGUAGAAUUCAUUUUGGCUGAUCGGUAAUAUACAGUGGUCAAGUGUUCCUAACAAUACUGACAAAACGAAUUUACUACCACUAGUUUUCAUUACAGGGUGCAAAAAUCAGUGUGACGAGACUUUAGGAUCAGUUUCUGAAAUCCAAAGAACUUUUCUUUUUCUUUGACGGUUGGAAUAAAUUUUUUUACCUGUUAAAUUCGAGAAUCAUUAAUUAGGUACAGAAUGGUCUACACGAGGUGACAUUGUAAACUUGCAUUGAUCAUCGAUCAGGUAUCCAUAGACCAUUGAUUCACUAAAUAUAAAUAUUCGAAGCUUCGAUCUUGUUAAUAACUCUAUGUACUUGCACACAAAGAAGCCAAACUGUACUAAAAUGUCGUCAGUUUAUCGGAAACAAUAGCAUUGAGACACCUUGAAAACGUUAGGUAAUGGGAUAAUUUUCGCAAAAAAAGAAGAGAAAUAAGUACCAGAGACGCUGGUUAGAGUUCGUUAAUCACAGUUUAUAAUUAUGUAACCCUUACAAUUAUAACAGUUGUGGUUAUCGAGAAUGGACCAUCCUAACAAUAAUGUACAGUAUUCUGAUAGAUACCCCAAUUUCUAUUGUAAAGAUAGAAAAUUCGUUUCACCAUAGGUUUAUUAUGAAGUCUGCACGCCGUAUAAUUGUAAGGAAAUAAUUCUGUUGGGAUAUCCGUUAUACAUAAAUUUCAGUCUAAUUUGACAGAAACUAUAAUUUUGUUGUGUCUUUUAAUAUGGAAUUUCUGAAUAUCUAUAGCAGUUGGAUUUACAACUUAUAAUUUUGCAAAAUUGUUGUGUGAUGUUUAUUUUAGAGGUAUUAUUAUGGAUUGUGAGUGAUUUUUGUACACAUUAAAGUAUUAAAACCACAUGUAUAGGUAAUGAACGAGUUUUAUUAUUGGGGUAUUGAUGUGUGGCACGAAAUGCUGCUGGAAUAAAACCAAUCAGUACAUGAAAAAGAUAUUCUUCUGACAAAGUUCGGAGCAUUCACCUGAAAAUAUUAAAUUACGAAUAUAUUGAAUGUCCAAAUUUUUCUGAAUAUCGGCCAUGCGUUUAGUUUUACUUCCAUAUAAUAAGGUUCAACAAGCUUGCUAUUGAAUCGUAGAUUAAAUACGAAAUUGUCCAAAUAAUUAUUGUAUGUACAUAAAUAAGUAAUAAUUCAGUACUUACCGAUAUUUACUAAUAUCAAAGGUUGUAAGGAAUAUAGUCAGUUAUUAAUGGCCUUGGCGCAAUUAGGUGCGGAUAUACAUCAUGCGAUUAAUUGCAAUCAAUGCAACUCGAGUUUUUUUUUUUUUUUGUUUACUUUUAAAAUUGUUUGCAUCUGAAUUUUCGUAUAUAUAAAAUGAUUUGUUAAAUUCUAUCUUAUAUACUCAUACACGUAUAAUAUUUAUACUUACUAUAUUUAUAAAUGUUUGAAAAUGUAAAUAAAAAAUAUGAAUGAUGACACUGA